UCAUACAGCGAUUGAUAUGAAACAAAAGACGGUCUUCAGACGUCAGUCUGAAUACAAAAACAUUACGUCACUAUAUCGCUGACGUUACGCCGUCGAGCGUCAUGGUAACAGUCUUGAGCAUGUUUUGUGUAGUUGGGUCGGUAUCAGAUGGGUAAUGCCGACAUCGAGCCAGGCGCUCAUACUUAAGAAAGGUGUACUGAAGGAGGAUGGAGUGCGACCGACGUCGUCGGGACAUCGGUCGGGAUCUCAGUGCUCAGUGCCGACAGGUGUGAGAUCGGGUCUCCACUGCGCCUUCCGUACGCCGGCCCACUGCAGCAUCGUGACCGUCAACAACUUCGGUCUGGGGCUGGUGGGCGGGGGGACGGACAUGCCGGACCGGGACGCUGUGCAGGCCCUUGGGCGCGAGUCUGUGCAGCUCUUCAAACAUCAACCGCUACCAAGGAGUUACACCAGAAUCCUCGCAUUCAACCCGGACUCGAAAUCCUUUCAGUGGCGUACGAUGGGCGAGACUGGUUCCUCCACGGAAGUUGAUAAAGUGGACAGCCGGCCCACUUCUGGCCGAUGCCGGCCCUACACCGCCGGGCCAGACAGAUCUUCCAUCUCUGCAAAGCAGCCGGUCAGUCCUUUCCAGUACCGGAAGUUACUCGCUCUUGGUUUCCGGCCCAGUUCCCUCCUGUUGGACCCGGAUUGCGUGUAUGACUCCACCAGCCACCGCGCUUGUAGUAUGCAUGCGCCGCGAUCCCGGAAGGAGUGCCCCCAGAAACCGGACGCACCUAGCGGGACCGCGGAACGUGGCGCUGUUGAUGCACAUAUUGACGCGGCAACGCUGAGCGAUAUAGUUUGCCCGGACGCCACUGUCAUGCGCAGUGACAACAUUGAACGGAUCGCCCCAAGUCUGCACAUGCGCAGUGACACACCACCCAGUCGUCCGAACGCCGCAGUUUUUAGUUUCCGGAACAACGAAAACGUGUCCCACUCGGAGGUGCAGUACCUAAUAAAGAAACAACUCGGCGUUCCCAUACAAAGUCUCCAGUUCGAUCCCCUCGAUAUCCGGUCGGCGCGACCCGGUGUCAACUCCCGCUGGGUGGUCGAAUUUAAUACUACAACGGAUAUGGCAAAAGCUAUACAGUCGGGACUUCAAGUUGGCACGGACCGGCUGGUGUUUUAUCCGCAUGAUGACGUCACUAGACGCGAAACUGCGGCAUAUAGAAACUACAUGGAGGUUGUUAACGCCCACGCAGAGAUAGCGGCGUCUGCUGAAAACGCAGUGCGCGGGAAACUUAAAAACGCAGUUUCCAGCGGUCGAUGUAACUCAAGACCUUAAAGCUAUCAUGCAGAUAACUAAAUGGAAAUGACUUUUAAAACUAUGUGACUAUGUCUUUAUAUUAAAUUGUGUUGUUUUGGAAAUGUACAAUAACAUGUACCAAACAU